GAAAUUUCAGCUGAGCACCGACCCUUCAAUUUAUUUUGGGUGUCCAGCUGGAGGGGUGAGAUAGAAGGAUAGAACAGGCCACUGGUGGGAUCAAACGAUCGUCUCGAUGCAGCCCGAGGAUGAGAUGGUAUCUCCACUCCUCGAACCGACUCAGAUCGAUCACGGCCUGCGACAGAAAAGCAGAACCGGCAACUGCGCAGGCUCAACAAGCGACAUGGUGGGGGAGGAGGGAAGACAUAUAUAGUGCUGGGGUGGACGAAGGAAUGAGCCAAAAAAGAAUAAAAAAACAAAAGCAAAAAGUCAAACCACCGAUAUUGAGGGCGAUAAACGACGAAAGAUCGAAUCAGUCGGUGAGGAUGGUGGGCGGGGAGUCACGCGGCCGAGUGGACGAAGGCGUUUUGGGCUCGAGUUGGAGGCAAUCCCCGAUAAGAGCCACCAACCCAAGAACGGGUGUCAAAGUCAUUCUAAGUCAUUCUUGCGCGACGACGGACAAUGCGGCCACCAACGGGACCCCGAGGCGGUGCCGGAUGGAUACCCCGGACCCCCACCGGGCGGCCGUGGUUGGUCAGUCUCCAACGGGGGGGCUCUCCAGCUUGAGAUGGACCUCAGUUUAACUCCCCGAUCGACAAGCCGGACAUGCAUGGGACAACCACCACAGCUUAAACUCAGGCCGAGUACAGUCGCUGACUCUAUGCCGUAAGCCGCGAGGUAACGAGCCAGUCAGGGCGUUGGACCAGGAGCAUCCUCCCCUCCGGAACCGUCCAGUGGGAAAGUCUAAUGAAGGAGCACUCAUCUUUGG